ACAAACGACUCAGCGCGAUAGGAUGUGCGCAUAAUAGGAGAUUAUCUUUAUCAGAGGAAAUGUUGAUGCGUAUGAUCAUCGUUUUGUUUUAUUUUUCUGGUAUUCAUUGUUAUUCUAUUAAUGACGUUAACAGAUUAAAAGAGGAUCUAUUUAAGAAGUCAAAUUAUUCAGCAAUGAUCCGCCCCAAGAUAAAUCAAUCUGAAAGAACAGACAUUGAAAUAAGGAUGUACCUAUUAACACUGCUUGGACUGGAUACACGGGAACAAGUGCUGAGAACAUCAGGAUUUUACGUCAUAUCUUGGACAGAUGAGCUACUCAGAUGGAAUCCCGACGAUUAUGGUGGUAUUCUCGAGAUAACUGUUCAACAAAAAGAAAUAUGGUUCCCCGAUUUAUAUGCAGCAAAUAGUAUACGUGGUUAUCAGAAAUUCGGAACUGAUGAUUUAAGACUUUAUGUUAAUCAUUCCGGUACAGUUGAUUGGGAACCAACUUUUUCAUUAAGUACAAGUUGUUUUGUUGACGUGUCGCUGUUUCCAGUAGAUUCCCAGAUUUGCAGCAUAAUAAUCCUGCCCUGGAUGACAACAAACCAGGAAAUUACUAUAAAAAAUCCGAAAUUCGACAAUUCGCUCUUCGAAGCCCCUAAUGGGGAUUUUGCAAUUACACACACAAAUGUGACUCAGGCUUUCUAUCCGGUAUAUGAACUAACUUUAUCAAAAUUUACCCUUGCAAUGAAACGAAAAUCAUCGUUAUAUCUUUUAAAUGUUGUUGGACCUUUCGUGGGUAUAUCAUCCUUGUGUAUUAUCAGUUUUCUCAUUGACUCACAGAGUGGAGAAAGGUUAUCUGUAUCCAUAACGGUGUUGCUAACCCUUACAGUAUUUUUGAGUGUAAUAGAUGAUCUGUUACCCAAGACAGCUAAUAGUAUUUCCUAUUUUGUGAUUUAUGUGGCAUUGAUGAUUGGGAUGAACUUUCUCUGUGUACUCUGUAAUGUAGCUACCCUCUGCAUUCACAACAGAAGCAAAGAAACCCCAAUACCGACAUGGUUGAGUGUGAUUCUGAUCAAAGAAAAUUUGCUUGAAUCCAAUGACACACAUUCUGUAAAUUCCUCAACAGAUCUGGAACCAUCUAGCUAUGUUUGUUGUCAUAACCUUGAGUCCAGAACUAGCUGUAACCACUGGCCAGAAAUAGCCAAAAUAGUCGAUCGGGCAUUCUUCAUACUAAUCGCUUUGGCCCUAGUUUCCAUUAAUUUUGGAUUCCUUAUAAUACAUAUUAUUUAAUCCCCAAGCAGAUAAGUCUAAAUCUGCCUAUUCAGGUCAGGGUCGAUUUUAACAAAUUGUUUUUGCCUUGGAAUUUUACAAUUUAGACAGUACAGUAAAGAUCAAUUAAUCAGAAGAAAGCCGUUUGGUGGUCGCUACCGUUAAACUUCUACACUAAACAAGUUUAACCUCACUUGAAAGUCUGUUUGAUUUAUAUAUUUAGACACUAGUGUAUUAUGCACCGUGAGCACGUUUUGUAGAUUAUUCGCUGUGGGAAUAUAUGCCCCCCCCCCGUAUUUAUUUUUGGGAGUUUGUAGCCCGGAUUCUGCUGGAAUAAAAAGUCGUAUCUUG